CCCUCCCGUAAAUUGGUUAUGAGCUGUCUGGUCCGUGUAGGGGUGCGAGGAUUGUGCUGAGCUGUGUUGAUGUGCUGAGCUGUGUUGAUGUGCUGAGCUGUGUUGAUGUGUUGUUGUGUUGUUUUGUGGUGUAGUAGCGUGCUUCUCCAGACGGUUCGGAUCUAGUCUGCUGUUUAUGUGAAGUUAGUUACAGACGAAUGAGACUGUCAUGACACAAGCUACACAUUUAGUUCAUAAUAUGCAACCACAACUUCAUCCUGUCAUAAAUAACGGUCUACCUGUCCGGCCACAACUCCAAACAAACAAAUUGAAUAGUCUGCCCGGAUUAUUAUCUUAUCGCUGGCCACAUGCCACAACACGCUAUAGGUGUCCUGAAGCUUCAAGCUUACAGCAGAGCUCAACACCCAAUAUUUGCCCAUCUGACGGCCAUCCAGCUGCCGGACAACAGUCUGAAAUUCAUCCAGCAAAAAACGGACCGCUCUCUAACACUGCUGCAGUGGAAACCACGGAGCCGCCUCAGCGAAUACCGUGUGUGGACUCCACGAAGCUACUUCAAGAAAGACCUUCAGCCGAAACCACCAACCAACCUCAACAAAUAUCUGUGGUGGAAAAACCAUCAAAUACAAACUAUGUGGUCAAGAAAUCGCCGGGUCUGUCAGAUCUCCGCCUACAUAGACUGGACAUUGAUGCCCUCGUCAGGGUCCUAGACACAGUCACCUACGUGAUGAAAAAAGAUGAUUGGCUUCAGGCCAAAACGUUGUUCAAACGCUACGAGAAAUGGAAGCGUCAUGAAGAGGAAUACUUUGCGACUGUUUUAAAGUACGGCAAUGUAGGCCAAAAAAGAUAUCGAAUGAGAUUUAGGUCUUUUAAAAGGAAAACCAUCGAUCUUUUGAACAAAACCCUGUUUAGGGUGACACAACAAACAAACCAGGAACUUCUUCUGAAAUGUCUGCAUCUAUGUGAGGUUGGAGUGAAUUCGAGAACAGCGGGGCCUAGGCGCCCUGGCCGCAACCCGAAGUGCAUCAAUACACUUCCUGAUAUUUCUCCAGCCAAGACCGCCGCAACAAAAAAUUCUAUCUCAGGCGUUGAUUUACAAAAAUCGAAAAACAAUUCGGAGUUUGUAUGGGACUACUUGCACCAAGAUCCGAAUCCAUUACUGGCAAACUCGCACACAGUUGAUAGACACCCCAGAGCUAGGUGGCGUCCCACUUCUAAUCUCCUCAGACAGCAACUCACUUUUGAACCAACCAGACAGCACCUCACUAAUGAGCCAAUUAGACAGCCCCUUACUAAUGCGCCAAUUAGACAGCCCCUCACUAAUGAGCCAAUUAGACAGCCCCUUACUAUUGAGCCAAUUAGACAGCCCCUCACUAAUGAGCCAAUUAGACAGCCCCUUACUAAUGAGCCAAUUAGACAGCCCCUCACUAAUGACCCAAUUAGACAGCCCCUCACUAAUGAGCCAAUUAGACAGCCCCUUACUAAUGAGCCAGUUAGACAGCCCUUUACUAAUGACCCAAUUAGACAGCACCUCACUAAUGAGCCAAUUAGACAGCCCCUCACUAAUGACCCAAUCAGACAGUAUUUCACGAGUGAGCCAAUCAGACAACAUCUCACGAAUGAGCCAAUCAGAUACAAUCUCACUAAUGAGCCAAUUAGAUACCACUUCAAUGAGCGCAUCAGACAGCAUCUAACUAAUGAGCCAAUUAGAUACCACCUCACUAAUGAGUCAAUCAAACAGCCCUUCACUGAGCCAAUCAGACAGCCAGUCAUAAAUGAGCCAGUGAGACAGCACCUCACUAAUGAGCUAAUCAGACAGCCAGUCACAAGUGAGACAAUCAUACAGUAUCUCACUAAUGAGCCAAUCAAACAGCACCUCGCUAAUGAGCCAAUCAGACAGCCAGUCACAAGUGAACCUAUCAGACAGUAUCUCACUAAUGAUCCAAUCAAACAGCACCUCGCUAAUGAGCCAAUCAGACAGCCAGUCACAAGUGAACCAAUCAGACAGUAUCUCACUAAUGAUCCAAUCAAACAGCACUUCACUAAUGAGCCAAUCAGACAGCCAGUCACAAGUCAACCAAUCAGACAGUAUCUCACUAAUGAGCCAAUCAAACAGCGCUUCACUAAUGAGCCAAUCAGACAGCCAGUCACAAGUGAGCCAGUAAGACAGCUUCUCCCUAAUGAGCCAACCAGACAUUUCCCUUCUGCUGAGACCAUUAUUUUACAAUUUGAUCUGUCUGAUCUAGGACUUAGGUCGGUACAAAACCAUGACCGUGAGUUUCCUUUCAACAACCCAAACAAAGAUUUGGACUUGGAGCACAUGGACAGGUUUUACAUGGACACCCGCUCAAACAUCUCGCCUCAUUCCGAGGACGACACGCCGUCAAGAACUCCUGAAGAUCUGCUGACAAGAACUGACGAUCUGCUGACAAGAAUUCCUGACGACAUGCUGACAAGAAUUCCUGAGGAUCUGCUGACAAGAACUGACGCUAUGCUGACAAGAACUGACGAUAUGCUGACAAGAACUGACGAUAUGCUGACAAGAACUCCUGAGGAUCUGUCGACAAGAACUCCUGAGGAUCUGUCGACAAGAACUCCUGAGGAUCUGUUCACAAGAACUCCUGAAAGAGACCAGUCCUGGCCUUCAGCAAAUGUGUGUGUAAACAUCGCGUGCACUGAACCCGAGCAAAGCUCAAAAAGUGCGGCUGAAAAAGUCGACAACAAACAGUACUACAUAUGCUCGGCGUGUAUGCGUGGUUUUGACAACGAUGUUUUGUUAAAUGAACAUCUCACACAGGAACAUCCCGAUAUUUUGGUCAUGGUCUGUUCUCUUUGUUGUUUCUCUGUGAAAAAAGAUCUGCUGACAGCCCACAUCAAGGCGGUGCACUUGGGGCGGUUCGGCUGUGGUGGAAACUUGGGGAGCCGGUCGUGCGAGUUUGUGGCCGUUACGCUGGAGGACUUGAAAACUCACAUGGUGUCCACUCACUCUUCCGAGCCGGGGUUUCGCUGUGCCAGGUGCUCUUUCUACGCUAUCUCCGUUCAAAAAUACCUGUGUCAUUUCGAGAGCUGUGAUUUGGUUGAAGAGAAGCACGAACUACAACAUUGCCUGGAUCUGUUGCAAAAAUCGUGGUAUUUAGAGGAGAUAGACAAAGGUGCAUCGCACACUAUCCAAGCAGACACGCCAAAAGUUUGUGCAGCUUCAGACAAACAAAAGACAACUGUGUUUUCAACCCCACCGACCCCUCCAAAGACGCCCGACUCUCACAAAAACAGCACAAUAAUCCAGACGGUCUCCAUAAACUGCCCUCUGGUGGAGCUGAUCAAACCAGCAGACGACCAGUCGGCCGAGGGAGAACUCCCGUCCAGCCUGGAGCAGACGAUCGACUACAGCUCGUGCUACUACUGUGGCUGGGAUGUCAAGUCGCUGGAGGCUCUGGUCAGACACAGUCGCAAGCGGCACAAACACCAGAGGAUCUUGUGGGUGGACUCUGGAGUGACCUUCAACGUUUUAGGUCAUUGUGUCAUCGGCGAUGUCAAGAGCAUCCGAAGGAGAUACUUAUGUUCAAAAUGUCUGUUUAGAAGCAAAAAAAGGUCACGUGUCAACAGUCACAUCCUGGAACGUCAUCGACAUUGUAAGACACAGGCCAAGGUGGUCAAGCUCAGGCCAAAAGAGAAGCUGGAUGACCAGUGUCCUGUGCUGGUCAGGCAGACACAAUUCGAUGAGGUUGAUUCUGCACCUCAAACAAAGACAAGCGAGCAGCAUAUUGCAAUCUCACCAUGUAUGGAAUGUAACGUCUUCAAUGAUGUAGCAGACGACAAAGAAAUGGAUAUAGCAGACGACAAAGUUAUGGAUGUAACUGAAGACUUCAUGAUGGAUAUAGCAGACGGUAUAAUCAACAUAUCAGACGAGGAAUCAACCGCUGCAGACGUGGAAAAGGUGACAACUACAAGCAGUCAACCUGCAAGCCUUUCAGAGGAUCUUUUCGCCGUCAAGCGUUUCGCCUGCCAUAUUUGUCCCUACACGACCACCGGUCUCGUCCACUUCCGCCUCCACAUGGCCCAGCACGACGUCCUCCCCGAGAGACUGGAGACUCUGCCGCCUGACCUUGACCUUACCCGAUGUGGCAUCUGUGGCUAUCUGGCCCAGGACGCCCCAGACUUUGAGAGGCACGAGCAGAACCACUUCUACGAGAAGCGGUUCGUCUGCUGCCGUUGUUGCCGGGACUUCAACACGGAACUGGAGCUGACCGAGCACUCAAACGUCGACCAUCGCCAGCCGCUGUGGGGCAUUGACCGAAGAAAACUUUACAUGGAGUUGGCCGGCCAAAGCCCGAUGAUGAUUCGUCUCCACCCAAAACUCUGUGUACAUAGAUGUACUUUGUAGUGUAAAUAAAUAA